GAAGUAGGCGAUUUACUGAAAAUGGCGGCGCCCGUGCGUUUCCCACCGAACAGAGGUUUUCGCCCAAAUGCAAAUGUCGCCCCUUACCCACAAAAUCGUCCAUGGAGAACUAAUUCCCACCUUCCUCCAAAUCCCCACUUUCGCCAAGAAUCACCAAGAUUUGUUGGGCAAACUGGGCUCCAAGGGGCUUUUUACGACCAGAAUGUUACAAAUAACUUAAAAUCAUUUGACCAAAAUCAGUCUCCUGCACGUCCAGCUCUUAUAUUUUCUGGACCAAUGGAAGUUGGUAGUAUUCGUUCACAGUUUCCGCCUCCACAUGUUCAGCAACCUGGCAAUAAUUUGGGGAUUAUGUCUCACAGACUAAAUGCCCCUCCACCACAAACGUCGUUAAAUUCACCUUCAGUUAUUUCGGAUCAGAUGCGUUUUCCACCUCCAGGUUUUAAUGACAGAGAGGUUCACAAUGAACACCAGACAAAUGCAUUCAUACAAAACAAGUUUCAAUCUAAACAUAAGGAUGUGUCUCAUCGCCAAGAGACAGGAAUCAUGACACACCCAUGCAUCAGUGAUGCCACUGACAAAGAAUUUGAAGAAAAGCAUAAAGACCAGGCCUGGCUGAACAGAUGGGUUGCCAGUAGGGUCCAGAAAAAUGCUGCAUCAAGUGAUAGGACCAUUACUAUAAGUGAUGCACAAACAAAAACAAGAGAGCUAAUCGUUCAACUUGCCAGACUGCAGAAAAAUAGACAACUUCUUGAAACAAUGAAAAAUGAAGACUCCAGCAUUUGGGAUCAGAAGUUGAAGGAGGUGAUGAAAAUCAAGUUAGAUGUUGAAAAGCUGCAAAACGAGUUGACGAAAGAGACCACAGUUAAGCAAUUACAAAAACUAGUGGAACAGCGUAGAAAGAAAAGGGCCAGGAGAAAGCAACUCCACAAAAAAGAGUACUUGGCAAAGCAGAAAGAGUUAUCUUCCCGUGAUGAACUUCAUGCAAAGAUUGACAAAGACAUGCAGAAAAUUGUGGAGCAACAGAGAGCUAAGAAACAGGAAGAAGAUAUGGAUAAGGAGGCAGACAUGAUCCUGGGUCAGGUGCGUAAAAAACUCUCAGAGACGGGUCGCUAUCAGCAGCUAUUGGACAGUCUGUCAAAACUGCGCAGGCUGAGGACAGACAGGCUGGAGAGACAGGGUGUGCUGUCCAGCAUUUAUGCAGGGACAGGAAGUAUUGGAGCCAGGAACCAGGUGUUUGAGAAUAAGAUUUCAAGUCUGAAGGAGCUGCUUGACAAACAGAUGAACAUUUAUAAAGCAGAAGAAUCCACACUAAAGGUUCUGUUAGAGAAGGAGCAAAAGGAGACCAAAGAGAAGGAGGAUGCGCAGACACGGCAGAGAAGGGCAGAGGCACUUGAGCGUGAACACACAAUACAGCACAGAAAAUUGUUUGGCAAACCCAAAGUGGCCCAGCCAGGGGACCCUAUAUACAGUUUUCAGCAGUUCUAUGAGUCUGCCAGCCAUAGCUUGGACAACCUGGUGUCUGUAAGAAUGGGUUGGGACAUGCAUCUGACACUGCCCGACACCCCAGGGGCCAGCUGUAUUCCAGAUCACUGGGUGGUCCCAGAGGAUCCAUCAUCUCAUGCCUGGGCUUCGUACCUGGUCACAAAGUCCACUACUCCUUGAUGUAGGGAUCCAAGCUGUAUCAGCUGUAUCCAAUACCAGGGGUGGUGUAAUACAUUUGUAGGCUACAUACCUAGUCACUUACAACGCCUGCAACUACUUGAUUGAGUGAUCCACACCUGAUGCCAGCUGUAUGGCAGACCAAUGGGUGGUAUAACACUGUCCUAUGCUACAUUCUACCCCUUGAUGAAGGGAUCCUCAUCUGAGACAAGCUCUUUGCCGAAGCACUGUGUGCAAUAACACAUUACUUGGCUACACACCUAGUCACACCCAUUCAUCAACCACUUGAUUGAGGUAUCCAAUCCUGAGACAAGGUGAACCCCUUACCACUGGGUUUUGUUACAUAGGCUACAUACAUGGUUUUGAAGUUCACUACCACUUCAUUGAGGGAUCCACUAGAAUUCAGCCUUACACACAACCUAUCUGAUCAAACUGUCCAUGUUCAUGCCCGUACAACAUAAAUAUGAAUAACAAACAUUUUUUAUUGAAGUCUGGAAAUCAAGCAGAAUUUGCUGUUUUUUGUCGUGUAGCACCUAAAAUGUGCAGAGUACUCCAGGCAAUGAUGUUACAGCAAUCUGUGAAACAUGGUCUUAGAUGUGAGUCUGACUUUUCUUGACCUUUGGCUUGGAACUUGUUGAAUUUAUGAAGAUGAUUUUGUAGCAGGACCAUUUGUUUAUCAGGAUGUUCCUUAUCAUUAGUAUAAGAAGAACAGUUUGUCCCAAAAUAUUGAAAGAAUACAAUUUUUAACGAUUAUUUAAGUUUCCGUUAUUUUUAUUUACAUAUCAAAUAAAUGCAAAUGCUUUAUGUAUUUUGUGAAUCUUUUUUUAAAUAUUGGUUGUUAACACAAACGUUACAAAUAAAGUACAAGGCAGUUGUAUCCCAUAA